GUCUUUCUCAUUCAUGGUUACUAAUAAAGUCACACAUCUCAAAGUUUAGAGUCACUUUGUAACCUUUUCAUUCUUUCUGCCUUCUCUCACCAUUUUUUCCUCCAAAAAUUAUUUCCCAUUUGCUAAACGAGCAUCUUAACCUCAAAAGUUCACAUUUUUUUAUUUUUAUUUAUUUAUUUCGAGUUACUUUGCCAAUCCCCAUCUCAAUUCAUUUUUCCUCAAACCUUGAUUUUUUUUUUUUUUUUUUUUUUUAUGUUUUUGCUCUUUACUCUUUCUGAGUUUGUGUCCCAGAUUUUAUCCCUAAAAUUCUGUAAGGUGCUUGAUUUAGGAUAUUCUUUGGCUCCAAGAAAGAAGAUAUCAUAACUAUGGCUUUUAAGGUUUCUCUCAUUCUGGUUCUCCUUGUAAUAUGCUCCUGUGUUGUGGAAUCCGUUUCUGGGAAUCACAUUCAUAGUAGUCCCAACAAGAAUGGAUCUUCUCUGGCUGGCAUAAAAUUUCCUGAUCAUCCAAGUUAUGGUGCUGUCUCUUCUUCUGGGGACACUGGUUGUAGCUUCUCAGGUACAGAGACUGAUGACGAUGAAGGUGAUAGUGAAGGUGAGGCUUUUCUAGCAGCAAAACCACACAAGCAACCGGUGAAACUCCAUUUGAAACACCGGUCAGUGAGCAAAGAUGAUGAGCCUAAAAAAUCUGUGAUUGAUUUCACAGUAAGGGAUUUCACCAGAAUUCAGACUCUUCAUAGGAGGGUCAUAGAAAAGAAGAAUCAAAACACAAUUUCAAGGUUUCAAAAACAACAGGAACAGUCAAAGCAGUCCUACAAGCCAGUGGUUCCUCCGGCGGCUUCACCGGAAUAUUUUGCCGGUGGACGUUCCAGCCAGCUUGUGGCAACCUUGGAAUCCGGGGUUAGUCUUGGCUCUGGUGAGUACUUCAUGGAUGUGUUUGUGGGUACACCUCCAAGGCAUUUUUCUCUAAUACUUGAUACUGGUAGUGACCUUAAUUGGAUUCAAUGUGUUCCUUGCAUUGCUUGUUUUGAGCAAAGUGGGCCAUAUUAUGAUCCUAAAGAUUCUACUUCUUUUAAGAAUAUAAGCUGUGAUGAUCCUCGGUGCCAAUUGGUUUCAUCCCCGGAUCCACCUAAGCCUUGCAAGGUUGAGAAUCAGAGUUGUCCCUACUUUUACUGGUAUGGGGAUAGUUCCAAUACAACCGGGGAUUUCGCACUUGAGACUUUUACUGUUAAUCUUACAACGCCUAAUGGGAAGUCCGAGUUCAAGCGUGUGGAGAAUGUGAUGUUUGGUUGUGGUCAUUGGAAUAGAGGUCUAUUUCAUGGUGCUGCUGGUUUGCUAGGAUUGGGGAGAGGAUCAUUGUCAUUUGCUUCUCAGCUGCAAUCUCUUUAUGGUGGUUCCUUUUCCUAUUGUCUUGUGGAGAGGAAUAGCAAUACAAGUGUCAGCAGCAAAUUGAUCUUUGGUGAGGACAAGGAACUGCUUAGCCACCCCAAUUUGAAUUUCACUUCUUUUGUUGUUGGGAAAGAGAACCAGGUUGAUACAUUUUACUAUGUUCAGAUAAAAUCUGUCAUGGUUGAUGAUGAGGUACUAAAGAUACCAGAGGAGACUUGGCUUUUGUCACCAGAAGGUGCUGGUGGUACAAUAAUUGAUUCUGGUACCACUCUAACUUAUUUUGCUGACCCUGCUUAUGAGAUUAUCAAGGAGUCUUUUAUGAAGAAAAUUAAGGGCUAUUCACUUGUUGAAGGCCUUCAUCCUCUAAAGCCAUGUUAUAAUGUAUCUGGAUUUGAAAAGAUUGAGCUACCUGACUUUGGAAUCUUGUUUGCUGAUGGAGCAGUGUGGAAUUUUCCAGUAGAGAAUUACUUUAUCCAGAUUGAGCCAGAUGUCGUUUGUUUGGCUAUUUUGGGAACUCCUAGAUCUGCCCUUUCAAUAAUUGGAAACUAUCAGCAGCAGAAUUUUCACAUACUGUAUGACAUGAAGAAAUCCAGACUUGGGUAUGCACCAAUGAAGUGUGCUGACGUUUAACAUUUUGUUAGGUUCAAUUGUGUAUAGUCUUAUAAUUGUAAACAUGGUGUCAUUGAGGGGUUUGAUUUUUGGGUUUUCCCUUAGAUGGAAAGUGUAUACACAGAAAAAGAAAGAAAUAAAAGAAAGAUCAGGUUAUGUUUUUCAGGUGAUUGUAGAACUAGGCUUCUAGUAAUUACAGAACUGGGUC